GAAGCAUCCACCGGCAUCAGCGGGCGACUGCAACACGACCUCCUCAUUCCGCGGCUACGACUCGUGUUAAGAAGGAACUGCUUUGAAAAGCCACCUAUAAAUCCUCACGUUACCUGGAUCUAGCCUUCAAAGACUCCUUUCACCUAAUGCCAGAAAGUGGUCACUAGCAAAAGCGAUGGGCGCGUUUGGAGUCAUUCUAGGGAGUUUACAUUAUAUGGGACUCUAUAUCCAACUUAGUGCCUCCAUCGGACAAGGUGGAUACGCGGAGGUGGAGAAUCAUAUCUCCAGCAACGCUCUGUUCACAGAAGUCCCUCAUGACAUCACAGCACAGAGUGGGCAGGACGUCGAGAUGGCAUGCUCUUUUCGGGGGGCAGGGUCACCCUCAUAUUCGCUGGAGAUCCAGUGGUGGUACAUCAGGAAUCAUCGGGAGUGGACAGACAAGCAGACGUGGACCACCAAUCAGGUGGUGCCUCAAGAUGAGAUGUCAAAGGAUGCUACGAAAAUAAGCGUGGUGAAGGUUGCUGGUAGCAACAUCUCGCACAAGCUGCGUCUGUCCAACGUGAAGCCAUCGGAUGAGGGCACUUACGAGUGCCGCGUCAUCGACUUCAGCGACAGCAAGCUGCGGCACCACCACGUGCGCGCUUACCUGCAGGUGGAGCAGGGCGGAGUGAGUCCCGCUCCUCAGCGCCACCAAGGGGCGGCACACAAUCCUGCCCAGGAAGCGCGCAAGCACCAGCCAGCUCACCACGGCCACCACAAACCGGGCAGGGAGCUGAGGAAGAGGUCGGCUGAGGACAGCGCCGUCGACUGCUCAGAGAGCUGUGCGCUUUAGGUCCACACCAGCUUUAGUUCUUACCCUCCUCAACCCCGACACACACACACACACACACAGACACACACUCAUACACACACACACACAC